UUUCCUAAGCUUUCUAACGGGAUCUUUCCCUAAAGGCUGCAAUGAUAGCCUGGUGGUAUGACCAUCCAUAUGAUAAAGAUUGCAAAGGGUACUUUUUUACCAGAUAUGACUACGCUCCGCUGGAUGCGUUUGAUAUACAACAAUCAUAUUCAUUGGUGCACAUAGCUUAGUACCGCUGGAAACGAAAGCAACAUUUUUUUUAUGUGCGGGCUAUGUGUACGUACUUUAAAUACCUGCAAUGGGUCAUCGUGAAUGGUGUACUUAUGUGUAGAGAACAAUACCUACAUUAUGCCCCGCGUAUCUUGCUAGCCUAGUUUUGGAGAACUGUGGCAUAUUACUGUAGCUAUCUAUCUCAGGUGGAAAAGCACACUUAGUCAAAUGUACCGAAAGGCUUUGGUUUUUAAUUCAUCUGUAGAAAAUCAUGGCGAGGCAAUCAGGGCUCUAGAACUUCUCAAGCAGGGUGUGUAUAUCAAUAGAUACCCGGCACAGCAGGGUCGUCGGUAUUCCCGGCAAAGAGUGCAGCUUGGACCAGAAAUCAUUUACGAUCUCAGUCGGCCAGUCAGUAUCCGGACCAGUAGAAACGGUGUUUAAAAAGAUCUUGAGCAUCCGUACCACUGAAAGCGCUGGAAAGCGCGGCCUUGCGUGUGAUUUGGGGGACAAGGGGUCAACAAGACAAUAUGUGGGGUUUGGUUACUUCUUUUAUCGUUGACCCUUUUUUGCACUUCGAUCCCUGUUCUAAAAUUUACCUUGCGUUUAAACAAUAGACAUGAAUAGCACGUGUCAUUUAAAUAACAUGGUUUACACGCAAAUUAAGCCUAGUGUUACAGUAAAUAGUCUCGUUGCGAUAAUUACGGCCAUGGUCACGAGUUCGCGUGCGAAACGUAACACGCAAGGUGACAUAAUAAUAUCGGACACACCAGCCGUCAUACUGUCACAUAUAAAUUAAUAAAAUAUUAUAAAAAGUCACACGAAAGCCUAAAAAUGACUGAUACGCCAACGGAGGCUGACUCUGACGUUGAAGUUUCCAAAAAGCCAGCCAAGGAGGUUCCUGUAGUCCAAGACCAUGGAUUCUUCAAACACACCACAGGCGAUUUGUAUGAUGGCUACUUCGAAGCCAAGAAAAAAGAUCGUUCUGUUCGGAUGCAUGGGCCUGGCGUGUACACCACCGCUGAAGGAGACUGCUACACGGGGCUCUGGGAAUCAGACAAAUUUGGUGGCAACGAGGAGGUGUCUAUAACAUACGUCGACGGCUCAACAUAUAAAGGUCAAUUUAAAGAUUGGUAUUACAAUAACCACGGACAAUACACCUAUCCUGAUGGAAGUUUAUUGGAUUGCGAUUUCAUCGACAAUUGCCCUGUGGGUCACUUGAGACUGACAGACCCUAACGGGCACGUUUGGUUGGGGAAAGCGGACUCGGGCUACGGUUGGUUCGAGCCGGUAAAUCACUUCUUUGAAUUUUUGGAUACAACUCGGGAAUCAACUAAAGUAAAACGACGUCAUACUCAUAGGACUAUUUAACUUGAAGUUUCUGCGGGUAAACCUUCCAAAAUACCUAGAGAGUAAACAACGUUGAUUUACUACCAUU